UUGGUAUAGAUUUAGGAGGGCUUAGAUUAGGGAUUUUUGGCACCUUGGUUCAUCGUCAGAGGUUUUCUUGCUUCUUCGAGGCAGGGGAGUGACAGAGCCGAGUUCACAGCGGGGUUCCAGCCUGUGCCACCUUAGCCAAGCCCCAAGCGAAGGCGCCAAAAAGCUCCCUUGUCGAGUUGUCACUCAUUGCCCAAAGACCGUCUUGUCUCCAACAGCGGAUCGUCUGCUCAUGACCUAAUUCUCUAAACCCCCCUCCACACUCACUCUCUCGCUCUCUCAACAAUAUCCAUUCCUCUUGCGCCCAACUCCCUUUGCGCCGAAUAUCCUCAACUUUCAUAGUCAGUCGAUCUCUCCCGGAAACUGCCAGCUUUGGCCCUCGCCAUUAUCAUCAUGGCCAACCUCCCAUCGCAACACCCCACCCUCUCUCUCCAUCUCUCCGACGUCACCCUCACCCCGCUCAUCACCUCGGCCUCGUCGCAAUCACACCUCGAAUCCCUCACAGCUCUUACCUCAAGCGCCCUCUCCUCCCAGACCGCCGCUCAGCGACUCGGUCUCGGUCGCCCCCAACGUCUCAUGGUUGAGUACCCUGAUCGUGGGCCUGUCGUAAUACACUCAUAUCUUGAUCCUCGCGACGCUGUCGAUGCAGCUACCAACAACGCUGCCGCGACCGCCUCUAGCCGCCCGGGUUCAGCGCCUGGGUCAAGUCACGGCCCCGACUCUAGAGCACCUCGGUCUGAACCUGCGCCGUCCCAUGACGAUCCGCGAUCCGAGGAUGCGGCCCCGUUGCUCGUUGGUGUGGUCGUCGCAGGGUCCGCAGAUGAAGCGAGAGAAGCCCGCCGCGCAUCAACAAGGCUAGAGCGCGUGGGAAGAGAAUUCCAAAGGGAGUGGGCUGCUGAGAGUAGUCAAGAGCGCCCAAACGACGAGGGGCCAGAGUGAUCAGGCUGCAGAAACACCCACCAGCUGGGGUGCUUGUCGUUCACAUGAUAUGACGAAUUACAUUUACGAAGCGAUAUAAUGCGAUGCGAUGCGAUGCGAUACCACGAAUCAAAGUGAGAGAACGACAUAAAAGUGCUUAGCAAUGACGGGAUAAAAGUUUUGGCGUCUCGGAUUGUCAUCUUGUUCUCUGAUGAGACGGAGAAAAGUCAUGAGAGUCUGGGUUUACGGAGAAUGCAUUCACACAAGAAAACCGUCUUCGAGGAAGAUGGUAUGGGGUGGACACGCAAUCGCAUGAUUUGACAUUUGGGAUCAUGAGUUCAUGCCAGUAAAAGCUGUCUUGACUACAUAGAUGAUAGAAUCCCAUGGCAGGCAGAUACCACACAGCAUAUCACAGCACGAAAUGGCUCACUUAAGUCAAGUUCUUUGUUCUAAAAGAUUCAGUUUCAUCUUGUAGUACGUGUCUAAGUUGCUAUAAAUCCACAAAGCCUUGCUCCAAAGUCCAUCGUCGUCACUUGCAUAAUCAUUCUGUCCGGGCUGGUAUCUUCCCGGUGUUUUUAUUCUUAUCCUUCGUUUCUUUUUAUUCGUUAUUAUCUUUGAUCUAGAUGAUCUGCUGGAAAGCACGGUUGAUGGGGGAUCGGAUGUUGGGGACGUCCUUC